AUGGAGCACCCGUCUCCGCCAGAGGCCGCCGCGGCGGCGGCGUCCUUGCAGCGCGACGAGGAGCCGUCUCCGCCACCGCCGCCGCCGCAGAGGCUGCGCUGCGCGGUGCAGCAUUACGAGUGGGGCCGGCGCGGGGCUGCCUCCCUCGUCGCUCGCCUCGCCGACCAGCAGGACCCCGGCGACAUGGCCCGGCGGCCAUACGCUGAGCUCUGGAUUGGCACGCACCCGUCGGGCCCCUCCACGCUCCUCGACGGCGGCGAGCUCCUCAGGGACUGGCUCGCGCGGAGACCCGGCGCGCUCGGCCCCGCCGUCACCGCGCGGUGGGGAGGAGAGCUCCCAUUCCUCUUCAAGGUGUUGUCGGUGGCCAAGGCGCUCUCGAUCCAGGCGCACCCGGACAAGAAACUUGCCGAGGCGCUGCACGCGCUGCGGCCUUCCAUCUACAAGGAUGACAACCACAAGCCCGAGAUGGCCAUCGCCAUCACUGAGUUUCGGGUGCUUUAUGGGUUUGCAGGCAUGGAGGAGCUCAAGGUUGUCCUGAGGACUGUACCUGAAGUUGAAGGGCUAGUUGGGCAUGAGCAUGCUGGCAAGCUGAUGAGCUUGAAGGAGUAUGAUGAGGGUAAUGAAAUAAAAUCCAGUUUACAAUCAGCUUUUGCUAAGCUAAUGGCAACAAGUAAAGAGAAGCUUUCAGAAGCACUUUCGAAACUGAUCCGUCGCCUAAAUAUUGAGAGCAAGAUUAGAACCUUAACAGAUAAAGAACAGUUGGUUUUGUCACUGGAGAGACAAUAUGCAGAUGAUAUUGGUGUCAUAGCAGCACUUUUCUUUAACUACGUCAAACUUAGUCCUGGUGAAGCACUUUAUAUUGGUGCAAAUGAACCGCAUGCGUAUCUCUCUGGGGAAUGCAUUGAAUGUAUGGCCACUUCAGACAAUGUUGCCCGUGCUGGUUUGACUCCUAAGUACAAAGAUAUACAAACUCUCUGCUCAAUGCUAACGUACAAACAGGCAUUCCCGGAACUCUUGCAAGGCGUUUGUGUGCAGCCAUACGUAAGGCGCUACACCCCUCCAUUUGACGAGUUCGAGGUCGAUUGCUGCUUGGUACCUGCAGGUGAACUGGUUAUCAUAUCCUCGGUGGCAGGCCCAUUUGUCUUCGUCGUUAUAGCCGGGGAAGGUAAGCUCCAGGCAGAUUCUCUACCUGAUGGAAAAAGAGCAAAGGAAGGCAAUGUUUUCUUCGUGCCAGCAUACACUGAGGUUAAGCUCUCUACCCGUGGCCCUGAGUCCAUGCAGCUGUACAGGGCUGGUGUAAACAGCAGGUUCUUCAGUUAACUGGUGCGUCUAAUCUUUGGUCACCAGGCAGAUUCUUCAGAGGGUUUAGUUUUAGGGGGUGUCACAUCAAGUGGACUGCACUGUGACUACUGGGCCUGUUAGCCAGACAAAUUUGGAUUGGGCCUUGGGCCCUAGCGUGUGUUCAAGCCGGCCUUAGGCCGUGUGUGUGCGUGCAUAAUUGCG